AUAACUUAGAGUUUGAGAACUUGUUGUCUCGUCAAGAUCGCUCGCUGUUUUCAAAUCUAUCGGGUGCUCCAUUUUUACGUUCGAAUCCACCAGCAUAUGUAAGGAGAGCGAACAUGGUUGUACCCGAAGAUCCCUUAUUAGAUGACGACGGUGAAAAUUUGCAAACUCAAGACGCUGAAUUUCUGCCUGACGAACAAAUUGAUAAGUUCUCAGAACGGGUCAAAUGUCAUCCCGUCACUGACGCUCAAUUGGCAGCCGAAGAAGAAGAAGCUCGUCGUCAAGAAGAAGAAGAAAUUAGAAGGAAACGCCAUGCUGCCACACAAGCUGCUCUUGCCAAAGAAUACACUGACUCAUCUAGGACCAUAAUGCAUGAUAGUUCUUCGGCUGAAUCAUCAUCUAAAAGCCGAAAGAUCACACCUCAUGACGAAGAUUCGCAAGUUACUUCUUUAAAUAAACCACGUAACCCACAUGAACGCCUCUUUGUACAAGACAUAAAUAUGGAAGAUUAUGAUGACGUAACAGAUUUUGAAGAUAUAUCAAACAAUCAACGACCCUCUGACUCACUCCUCGCCCGACGACACACAAGAAGAAGCUUGAGGCGAGAUAAUGAACAAAAGAUGGAAGACUAUUCCCCAUUUUCCGUAAGCAUUCUGCGAUCCGACGAUUACGAUACGAAUCAGGAAGAUUAUAGUCCAACUGUAGGGGACGAAGAAAUUGAGGAUCCAUUCGAAAAUAUUUUACCGGAUUUUUCGGAGAGGUUGGGUAAUUUUUUUAACAGGCUUACUAACUCUGGAAAAUUAAAAAAAGAGGACACAGAAAAUAUAUGUCUUACUGGUCAAGAUGAUAAUUAUGAUGAUAUAAGUUUAAAUAAAAAUAAUACUAAUCUCAAAUCAAGUAAUAAUGGUUCUGGUGAUGGAGAAGAAUUAUCCAUCAGAAGAUCUCCAACUAAUAAAUUAAAUGGAUAA